CUAUAAUCAACAACAUCAAAGUAAAAAUUUUUUAUAUUUUGUAUCGUUAUUCUUAUUCGCAAUUUAUUAACAAUAAAACUUUUAUAGUACAAAAGGAAAAUCAGCAUGAAUUAAGUGAAACUAUUGAGACAAUAGACCUAACAAGCAAAGAACCGUUGGUGUGUUCAUCUAUAAUGAAUUCUUUGGAGUCAUCUGAUUUACCUGAAGUAACAAGCAAUGAUAAUACGAAAUUGAAAAAUAUUAAAGAACCUAUUAUUA